AUGAAACGAUCAAGACUAGCCCUCGUCUUCUUGGCUGCCAUUGCCAGCACCACCAGCACACAAGCCAUCGACUGGACCUUUUGGAGCGAUGACGACGAUUCGACCCCCUCGCCCGCGUCGUCCGAUACGUCCUUGGAGACCCUGUCUCCAGAGACCCUCACGAAUAUGAUGGGAUCUGAUUACAUGGACCGUAUCGCGACUCCUUUGUCUGCUGUUAGCGACAUUACAUCAACUUACCGCAACUGGGUCGGUCCUUGGAGUCAGUCUGCCGACUCGGCUUGUUAUCGUGAAGCUCACUUUAUGAAAACGUGUCCGAGCAAUUAUGAUCGCAACAAACUGACAAACACAUGUUGGACGGAGUGUCCGAUGGACUAUCCCGUGGAAUGUGGCAUGCAGUGCAUUCAACAAAACAACGACUGUGGUCGCGAAAACGCAGCCAAGAUCUCCGCUUUGGCAAUGGGCGCCCUGAGUAGUGCCUCCUUCGGUGUGUUCGGUCAGUUGGCCAAGUACGGGAAGCACGUGAGCUGGGCUGUAAAUUGCGCCAAUUACCUUUUGGUCUUUGUGCGAGCUGUCAUCCGUUUCACGCGUAACCAAAUGACCAACGAACCCAACACGUCGCAAGAGAAGCUCUUACUAUUACUGUACCAGACGAACUAUGUCGUUGCCGACCUUCCAGGAACCAUCUACGUAUGCUCAGGCAGGAGUACUCCACCGUCUCUUCAGCUGACACGCCAGAUUAUGCCCACUGUUCAGUUCGUCCUUCUGUUGGUGUUGGCCUAUGAUGACCAAAUUCUCGAGAGUUGGCAUAAAUUUAAGGCCUUUAUGAAGAGAGCCAACUUCACGGAGGCAGCUGAUCAAAUCACAGAGGGCGAGAUCUCAAGUCUGGAAACGGGUAUGAAGCAGAACUCGACGUGCGGCGAAGAUCUCACGACGUUGACCAACCGAGUUUGGAUGACAGUGGACGAACACAGACAGAAGAACCCAAAGAUCAAAGAGAGUGACCUCCGUCUGAAGUUGAGCGAGUCGGACCUUGUUAAGUACGAUAUCCCCACAGUGACCAACAACUGUAUGACCAAGAUGAUCUCCGAGUCUUCUUUGGCCACCGCGUACAAGACGCGCGAUACACUUCGCAAGACUUAUGGAGUGAUGAUCAACGACCUCAUCAAGUCUGGCAAGAGCGACAAUGGUACAUCCAUGGCCGCGAAACACCAGGCCUACACGUGGCUUCGUAACGCUCUCUUCUUUGCUUCAUUUGGUUAUGAUCCGACGGAUUUGUCGACUAUCUUUUCCGAAUACCUCCAAACUAUCUGCGGCCCCACCCAGUUUAUGGGCGAAGUAGAUGACGGUAAGGAAGCCGCCACUUUGGGCAUGAGUGCUCUCCAUAAAGCCUUCAAGAAUAGUUCGCUUUCCUGGACGAAAAAAGGUGACGGUGCCGUCAUUGUGAACUUCAAGAGCAAAGAUACCAAGGACGUGACCAUUAACAUCAAGUCCGGUGGUGACAAGAUCGACGAAAUCGAGCUUAAAGCUGGGGGCACUGCCCAGUGGAGGUCUACUAUCGAAGUGCUUGGUGGCAAGACGCUGUACAUGGACCGAUGGCGCCCUGGUCUCUUGGGUCUGCCUGGCACGGGUGGCGGUUCCCUAGUGUUGUGGGUUCCCAUUUCACGUCAAGGGGGCCAUUUGGAGGUCACUGCCCAGCUCAACGUGAGCUAGAAUAGUUAAAACUAGUGUUUCUGCUGUUAGUAAAGUCGCCAAAAAGGCGCUAAAAUUACAAUACCAUAAUAUACUAUCGUAUCGAUUCCAAAA